UGCUUCUCCAAGUAACACAGGAACUGAUUGAAAUUUUGGCAAUUUCAAGAAACCAGAAGCUCCCACAGCCAGGAGAGGAGAGCCAGAUUCUGGAGUUGCUGAUCCAGAGAGAUGGGGAGUUUCAAGAAUUAAUGAAACUUGCACUUGAUCAGGGAAAAAUCCAUCAUGAGAUGCAACUGUUAGAAAAAGUAGUAGAAAAAAGGGAUAGUGAUAUUCAGCAGCUGCAAAAACAGCUGAAAGAAGCAGAGCACAUACUGGCAACAGCUGUUUAUCAAGCAAAGGAAAAACUCAAAUCAAUAGAAAAAGCAAGAAAGGGCGCCAUUUCAUCUGAAGAAAUAAUUAAAUAUUCCCAUAGGAUUAGUGCCAGCAAUGCUGUUUGUGCUCCUUUAACAUGGGUACCAGGGGACCCACGUAGGCCAUAUCCUACAGACUUGGAAAUGAGGAGUGGCUGGUUGGGUCAGAUGAACAACCCAUCCACUAAUGGAGUAAAUGGACACUUACCAGGGGAUGCACUGGCAGCUGGCAGAUUACCAGAUGUGCUUGCCCCUCAGUAUCCCUGGCAGUCAAGUGAUAUGUCAAUGAACAUGCUGCCUCCUAAUCAUAGCAAUGACUUUAUGUUGGAACCACCAGGGCACAAUAAGGAGAAUGAAGAUGACGUAGAAGUUAUGUCAACAGACUCUUCAAGUAGUAGUAGUGAUUCAGAUUAGGUACUGGAAGGAGACAACAUUCAAACCAGACUUAAUUUCUGUUGCAAACACCACUUGGAUACUGUUCAUCAAAACUUGCAGUACCAGCCCCAAAUGUUGACUCCAUAGUGAGAAGAUAAAGAUUGUGUACAACUCAAAUGGCAAUUUGUUUUCGUGAGCUCUUUGGCCUAGACCUUAUCCAUAAGACACUAUAAAAAUGAGCAAAAAUUCCUGGUAAUUUUUUGCUUGAGGAAGCUUCAUCAAAUUUCCAGUGAAUCAUUGCUGUAAACUGUGUAUACAUCUGUGUUUUUUUUACUGCACAUUAGACAGUAUAUUAAGUUCCUGGGAAAGAAGUUGUAAGGGGAAUCCCCUUGGAUGUUAGUAACUUGCUCUUUUGAUAAUAGCCAUUUAAGGCACAGAAAAGAUGUAAAAAUGUGUAGAUUUUAACAGCUGUUUUUUUUGUUACUUACUGCCGGAACUCAAGUUCUUGAUCAUCAUGUGCUUCAAGAACUAAAAUGUAAAGUGGCAAUAAGCUUUAUACAAGAAAGUUUGUAAUUAUUGUAAUAUACAGUGAAUGGUAUUCUUAUAAAUAAAUUCAACUU